UUGGGACACAAACUAUAAAAUCCCAUAUAUGAAGGUUACAAUAUAGCUCAGGUAGUCUUGAGCUUCAACAAUAAUGGUGCAGAGAUUCUUCUCGGUGAGGCAAACUGACCUCCAACAAAACCACCCUAUUAUGCUUCUCUCUGGUCCUCCUUCAUGCGGAAAGACCUCUCUACUAUUCCAGUUCGCAUUCAACGAAGCCCACAACAGCAAUGGACUUGUCAUCUUUAUUUGCAGCCGGCGCCGGUUAGAGGCAAAACCUCCUUAUCUUUCCCAGGGCGUUGAUUCAUCCUGUGAGACUUUUCAGCUCAUUAAAAUGAAGUAUGUGGAUGAUGAUGAAGGAAUUAAGAAGUUCUUUGCAGCAUUCCAUCUGUAUGACGAAUUUCCUGUGUCGGUUGUUAUUGAUGAUUUUGGAGAUUUCUUUGAGGAAAGGAGCUGCCAACAGAGAUAUGGGAACCCACGAGGAAGAGACUUGGCAAUGGUGAGGACACUGGCUUUGUGUCACAAUGCCGUGGUUCAUGCAAAUAAAACAAGGCCGUGCAAGCUUCUGUUAUCAGAUACACACCAUGGAGACUCCCCGCGGUUGCUCUACAUCUACAAACGAUGGGUUUCGACCAUCUUCAAAAUUCAAGGUGAGGGCUCCGGAUCAUUUCUCCUAAAAGACUAUAACCAUUCAGGGAGUGGCAGCUCAAGGAAAAGAAAGACCGCCAAGUACUCCAUAGCUCUCCAGUACCUUGUUUUGGAGGAGAUCGAUGAAGAUGGUGGAUAGUCGGCAUAUCGCAUUUACAAAUUACUGAAACCUCCAUGACAGCACAAUCACACUCUGUCAGUGUUCAUAUUUUGU